CGGGCAGGGUUGUGCAUGACCCCCAAGUGGGGGGAGGAAGGCUGUUGCCAUGGUGGCCUGUGCGAGGCAAAUUCCUCCAGGGUGAAGUGGGAGAUAUUUAUACCCAGGGUCAGGCAGAGAGCGGGCCAGCGGCCGAGGGCAGGAGAGCCGGGCUAUUACGGACACAGCGAGGCCGUGGUGUGCAGGACAAUGGCAUCUCUCAGCCACAUCUUGGUUCUUUGUGUGGGUCUCCUUGCCAUGGUCAACGCAGAAGCACCACAGGAACACGACCCAUUCACCUACGACUACCAAUCCCUGCGGAUCGGAGGCCUUAUAAUCGCCGGAAUUCUCUUCAUCCUGGGUAUACUCAUCGUCUUGAGCAGAAGAUGCCGGUGCAAAUUCAACCAGCAGCAGAGGACUGGAGAACCUGAUGAAGAGGAGGGAACUUUCCGCAGUUCAAUCCGCCGUCUGUCCACCCGCCGGCGGUAGAGACACCUGGCGCGAUGGACCCCUGCCAGGUCCCGCAGCUCUAACUAGGCUGGGGAAGGGAGGAGAGAGGAGGAGGAGGGGGCAAAGGGCUGGGGUAGCGGGCCUGGAGGGCUCUCCUGCCCCUCACCCUUUUCACCCCCACAGGAUUCCCCUGGCACUUGACGCUUCCCACCCACCUUCUGCACGCCCACCACCACCUGGACUGCCCUCUUCCCUAGCCCUGCCCCCACAGACUGCCGCUCAGAUUUCCAAUAAAACGUGCUAUUCUCUCUUGA